GGAUCCUGAUGUCUCUCUGAUUAGUUCCAGAAGUUUCCGAACAAUCCCUGUGCCCCUGGUGGGAGUCGGGGGAGACGUUUUUGUGGAAACUUCCGGCCGGAAGGCGGAACGGAGGUUCGGGGCACGGUGUUCCUCGUGGCGGAGCCGGCGUUAGGGGGACCGGAAGUGUCGGUCACGCGGCGAUGGCGGAGCGGGUUCAGUGGCGGCUCGAGGAGAGACUCCCGGAGCUGGAGCAGCUGCAGAGAGUGGGUCUGCUCAGCGGCCCCGAGGGCAGAGCGUUGAUGAAGAAGGUUACAGCUUUGGAGCACAAGGUGCAGAGACGGAUGCUGAACAAGGAGAGUUUCAUCAGCUAUAUCCAGUAUGAAAUUAACUUUUUGGAAUUGAUCAAGAGACGGCGAGUGCGAGCUGGCUACUACUUCAAGAAAGAAGAAAUUGAAUACGCCAUUGUUAACCGCAUUCACGCCCUGUUCAGGCGAGCUCUCUCCAAGUGGAAGGCGGAUGUCCAGUUGUGGCUCUCUCAUAUCGCAUUUUGCAAAAAAUGGAAUGCCAAGCUGAAGCUGAGCAAAGUGUUCUCUGCGAUGUUGGCCAUUCAUCCAGACAAACCAGCUUUAUGGAUGAUGGCGGCAAAGUGGGAAAUGGAGGAUCAGUUAUCAUCAGAAAGUGCCAGACAUUUAUUCCUGCGAGCUUUGCGUUUCCACCCAGAAUCUCAGAAGCUGUACCAGGAGUAUUUCCGGAUGGAGCUGAUGCACGUGGAGAAGAUGCGAAAGGAGAAGCAGCUGCUGGAAAUGGCAGAGCUGAAGCUGACCGAAGCAGAGUAUCCAGAGGAGAUUGUCCGUGGCGAUUUGGCUCGUAUUGUUUAUAAGAAUGCCAUUGAGAAGAUUCCAGGAGAUGCAGAGUUCCACCUGUCCUUUUGGACAAUUGCAGUGAUGUUUGAUUUCACACAGGACCUUUGCAAAGAGAUUGUGGAGGACCUACAGACUCUGCACGCUGACCACCCAGUGUGCUGGGACUUUGUGGCCAGGCAGGAGUUAGAUGCAGACUUGCCGGUAGCGGAGUGCUCCAAACAAACAAAAGCCUCUGAAGUUGCUCGUAGGGAGGAGCAGUGCUGGGCUGUCUAUGAGAAAGCUGUCGCCUCUGUGCCUACAGAAGCCAUGUGGAAAUGUUAUAUCAGUUUCUGCCUGGAAAGGUUUAAACGGAAAACCAACAAUGAAUUUCUUCGAAACAAGAGACUGAACAAGGUGCUGAAUGUCUUUGAAAAGGCCAGUGAAUCCUCCCUUUUACCCCAGGCUUUCUAUAAACAAUGGCUUCGAUUGUUAGUGGACCAUGGUGACGCUGAGAAAGCGCUCCGAUUGGUCAAGUCUGAAAGUGCUAACUUUGCCGGUUCGGUGCAGAUGUGGCAGAGCAGCUUGGAGGUUCUGAUCGAGCUACAGAGUCCAGAUGUCAGCCAUAUCUUUCAGGAGGCUUUCCAGAAGGUCCCUGCUAAGGACACUUUGCCUCUGUGGCUUCUCUGUUUAGAUUGGAGUGAAAGUACGAGCAGUGUCGAUGAGACUGAAUCUGUCUAUCAGCGUGCACUGCAGACACCAAUUGCAGCUGUCUCUGUCGCUGUGAAAGAGAGAUAUGUUGACUGGGCCCUUAAAGCCAAAGGCUACAAGAGAGCAAGGAAAGUCUUCAGUAGUCUUUGUGAAAAUGGGCCCUUUUCUUUAGAGUUUUUCAAGAAAAUGAUUGCGAUUGAGAAGCAGCAGGAAUGCAGCAGAAUGGAGCAUUUGAGGGAAUAUUACGAGCGGGCACUGCGGGAGUUUGGAUCUACAAAUGCUGAUUUGUGGCUGGAGUAUAUCAAGGAAGAGCGGGGACACCCCCAGGGUAAACCUGAGCUGACAGGUCAGAUCCAUUGGAGGGCUAUGAAGACACUGGCUGGAACCGAGGUGGACCAGUUUGUGUCUCAGUAUACCCUGCUACAGACUGGUCACUUGUAACAUCCAACCAACAUUCCAUUUGGAAUGAAACCUUCAUCUUGUGAACAUUCCCAGUCGUUUCUGGACUCUGUCACUGUGCUGGAGGAUUUUCAGGUUGAUCUUGUUUGGAUUUCAGAAUCUCCUUGAGUUUAGAGCUUGCUGCUGUGUCACAGCCAGACCCUGUGCCUGGGCAGCAUUUAAGACAUGGUCUGUCUGAACUUGCCCAGCAAUGUGUUAGUGAUGUACCUGAGCAAUCUUAACCUGAGUGAAAAUAAACCACAAUCCUACAGGAAACUUCA